AGGUCCUGUCGGCAUCUCGUCUGCCAAGAAAACGCCCCGGUGCAGAUUGUCAGACUGCUGCUGUCAGGGUGAGAAAGAGUGUACACGGGGGAGUUUGUGUGAUCACAACUGUUACGAUGACUCAGCCUGCAGCAGAGUCCAUGCAGCUCCCACUGAAGUCCCCCACCUCUCACUGUUUGGGGCACAGCGCUGUCUGUUUUUUUGAGGUUGUGGCUGCAGUUCUGCUCGCCACCAGAAGGAGAGAUGCUGUGUCAUGGUUGUUAAAAUGAGGACAACCCCCCCGCCCCUCCCCUCUCUCCUGCAGAGAGGAUAGCACAACAAUGUAAGCCUAUCGAGGCUGCAUUGUCAGAGUUUGGAGGAAAGCGCUUGCGUCAGAGCUCACUGUCCUGCUAUAAAAGCUCAGGCUGCUGCAGCAGCGAGCAGUCGAGGCAUAAACCUGAGACCUUCACACAACUCCACACACACACAUACACAAAGAGGAGAGGGAGAGCAGCUCGUCCUCCCACAACUCAGCCAUGAGUAGCAUCGGAUAUGACCCCUACUACUCCGCCUCACCGUACAGACGCUGGUAUGUCGAGGCUCCCCCUCGUGUCGUGGUGAACCGAGGGAGGACCCACUCCGUCUACUCCUCUCAUGCCUCCCCGCUGUCCUCCUCCCGUCAUCAGUACUCCUCUCCCGGCCGGGUGCUGCUCUCCUCCUCCUCGCAAGCCUCGUCCCUGGAUCUGGAGCUCAGCCAGGCCGCCCAGAUCAGCUCAGAAUUCCGCGCCGUGCGCACCCAAGAGCGCGGCCAGCUGCAGGACCUCAACGACCGCUUUGCCGGCUUCAUCGAGAGAGUGCGUGAGCUGGAGCAGCAGAACCGUGCUUUGGAGGCAGAGCUGCUGCUGCUGAGGCAGAGGCACAACGAGCCGUCCCGCCUGAGAGCGCUGUACGAGCAAGAGGCCCGGGCCCUGAGGGCCGCUGUGGAUGAGGCCAGGGCAGAACAACAGGCCGUCCUGGGACAGAGGGAGCGGCUGGAGCAAACUCUGAGCGCCUUGCAGGGUCGAUAUGAGGAAGAAGUGCUGGCUCGCGAAGAGGCCGAGGGCAGGCUGAUGGACGCCCGCCGUGAGGCCGACCAGGCUGCCUUAGGUAAGGCCGAGCUGGAGAAGAGCGUCGAAACUCUUCUGGAGGAGCUGGCCUUCCUCAAGAGGAUCCACGAAGGCGAGGUGGUCGAGCUUCAGGCCCAGGUCCAGCUUGGCGUCCAGGUGGCGGUAGAGUCAGAGGCCGCAACACCUGACCUCUCCGGGGCCCUGAGGGACAUCCGGUCCCAGUAUGAAAGGCUGGCAGCAAGAAACAUGCAGGCAGCAGAGGAGUGGUUCAGGGGGAAGGUGGGCUCCAUGACCGAGACCGUGGCCCAGCACAGCGACGCCGUGAGAAGCUCCAAGGACGAAGCGGGAGAGUACCGGCGCCAGCUCCAGGCCCGCCUGCUGGACAUCGACGCGUGCCGAGGCAUCAACGAAUCCCUGGAGAAACAAUUGCAUGAGAUAGAAGACAAGCAGAGUGCUGAGAUAGACGCUAUGCACGACACCAUCGCAGAGUUGGAGAGCGAGCAGAGAGGCACCAAACAGGAAAUGGCGCGCUACCUGAAAGAGUACCAGGACCUUCUGAAUGUCAAGAUGGCUCUGGACAUCGAGAUCGCUGCAUACAGGAAGCUGCUGGAAGGGGAGGAGUCUCGCUUCAGUGUAGGAGUGGCUGGGGGCGUGUCCUCCAUGUACGGUCACAGUUACUCAGCGCCCUCCUUCGGCCGGCCCAUCCUCUCCAGCAUGAGCUCAGGCUCCUCCUACCUGGUGACGUCACGUCUGCUCAGCUCCAGCUUCAGCACCACCGAGGGGAUCAUCUCUGCCAGCCACGCCCAGCAAGCAGAGGCCAGCCCACCAGGGGAAGAAGAGGAAGAGGAGGAGGAGGCAGAGGCAGAGGAGGAGGUAAAGGAGGAAGAGGAGGAGAAAGAAGAAGAAGAAGGAGGAGAGGAGACAAAGGAGGAGACAAAGGAGGACGAGGAGAAGGAGGAUGAAGAGGGAGGAGAGGAGGAGGGAGAUAAAGAGCAAGGAGACGAAGAAGUGGCUGUGGGAGAUGAAGAGGCUAAGGGAGGAGAUGAAGAGGCUAAGGAGGGAGAAGAGGGUGGUGAUGAAGAAGAGCAAAAGGAAGAGGUGACAGAGGCUGCUGAAGAUGACGGGGAGAAAGAGGACAAAGGAGAAGGAGAAGAGGUCAAAGAGGUCAAAGAGGAAGCACAAGAGGAGGUAAAAACAGAAGGAGGUGAUGACAAGGGUGAUGAGGUAAAAACAGAAGGAGGUGAUGACAAGGGUGAGGAUGCAAAAGAAGAAGAAAAAGAGGAGAAGGAAGAGGCGAAAAAAAGCGAAGAGAAAGAAGAUAAACCAGAUGCCAAGAAAGACGAAAAAGACGACGACAAAUCUGACGACAAAGACGACACCAAAGACGAAAAAGCCGCUCCGAAGACAGAUGACAAAGCUGAAGCCAAAAAGGAGAAAGACGAGGGAAAAGCGGCCAAACCUGAAGCCGUUGAAGAAAAGAGCACAAAGGGUAAAAAGUAAGCCAGUAGCCUCGGCAAACUUCAAUCAAGACUGUUCAUUAGCCCCUUCCAGCAUAACCAGUAGAGGCAUCUACGCUAUCCUCUCAAAUCUGCUUGUUUAACAUGGUGCUCAAUAAAUCAGUCCAAUAGCCAUUUACAGCAACAAAUCAUGGUCAACUGCUUGCCAAUAUCCAGAGUAGUCCAUAAAGGUCUGGUUGCACACUUCCUGAUGAGUGUAAUAUGUGUAAUUGCUGAAUGCAACAGUGAGCGUGUGAGUUUUUGGUGGUUAAAUAAACACCUCUUAAAGCCA